UCACCCUCGAUGACUUCAUGGUGUCUUCCUCGUUCAUCACAGUGUGCUUGAUUCGAGGCGCCUCAUCACUGACAGACACCCAAGUACACGAUCCUAGCGACCCUCGCGCAUACCACCGAAACUAGAAGCGGAGGCUGAAUCACCAUUAUGCUCAGAUUACGACUAGGACACCCUCAGAUCAAACAACACGAUGUCGACGGCAGAGAAUCCGAGACUUGGGCGAGUGCAUUAUCCGCGAGCGCCAGCCACAACAUUUCGUCUAGAACUGCCCAUCAAACCAGAUGCGGGCCAAGGGUCACCCAAUGCGUCCCUGAGGACGCUGGAGGCAUUGCUACAGCUACGAGCCGAACUACUGUUCCUUGGGAUGCGCAAGGUGAACGAGGGCGGCGAUGGUAGUCUUGACCUGAUCACAUUUUGCAGCCGCGAGAGCUCAAAGUUCUUUGAUGGAUUUCGCACGGUCUGGCAGAUACCCAAGAGGGUGAAGUAUCUGCGCUUGACGGAUCAAGAUGCCUCGUCGCGGAAAGCACGAUUACUUGAUCAGCAGCACGGCCUCUUGCAUUCCCCCAGUGGUGUGCCCAACGACGACCUUAUCAGUGCCCUGCUGACUCUGAUGGAACAAGAGGUCGAAGAGCAUUGCGUCGAUGUGUGGGACUACAGGAGAGACAUAUCUGGUGCAGCGCCCAUGAGCUGGGCCGAAGUCCGGCACGAGUAUGACUUUUGCGAUCUCGCAGACAUGGUGGUGCGAAGCCGGCUACGCAGGCAAGAGAUGAUCCUGCCGGGAUAUUUCAGGGUCUACAUCUUGGACAUGAACGAUGAUGGCAGAAUGAUGGCUUGCCUACGUGUCAUUCCAAAGAAUAUUUCGCUCCAGGAAUUGCUUGUAGCGUUGGAGAGAUGGAGACCAGCGCACUGCCCAUGCCAUGAGCGCCUCAUCCAGGGCAUGCAGGAUAGGAUCAACGCCAUCUAUGCCUCAGCACCUCAAGUGCCUCCGGAGCUACUGAGAGAGUCCAAGAAUCUCAAGUCACACCUACACAGGCCAUGGUUUACGCCUGGCCCUGGAAGCGAGAGGAAUUUGUGGGCGUGCAGAUCUUUCUCACCACCGUCUCCCUUUAUUCUGAAGAGCGUGAACGGAGCGGCCACGCGAGAGUUUGCCAUACUGUCAGAAGAGAGCGUGCUGAACAACCUGAAGCAGAGCGUUGACGCGGGAAAGGUCCCAGUGAUUGUCAGGCCCUGGAUAGUUCGGUUGCGCCACGUUGUUCCAAAAUUGAAUGACUUGUAUAGACGCCUGCAUAACUACAGUAUACCGUCAGGGUUUAGCCCGGAAGAAGAUGCGAUUCUGGAUAGAUACAUGGAACAGCAAGGGGAGGCAGAAGGCUGACUGCGUGAGCUUUUAUGUAAUUAGCACGUGGAGAGAGGUGUUGGAUUGAUUGUAAAAUUAAAGUCAAAAUGUUUGCACGCAUGAGAUUCCAAGAUCGGGAAGUAUUGCGGAUCAUUCUGGAGGCGCAAAUAACUCAGUCGACGCUCCGACGCCACGUGAAGCCACCGAGGCGAUGCCACUAGCUGCCCGACAGAAGUGAGUGGCACAAUGAACAAGAAGAGACCCCGGUCGCUAGCAAGAUAAAUGUUUGUCUUUGUCUUUGUACAAAGUAUAUCUCUU